AUGAUAAAGAAAAACGGAGGAUCCGCCAUUAGAGGAAGCAAGAACAACAACAACAAAAUGAUGGAGAAGGAUAUGUUCUUCGACUACUGCUUGACAGUACAGCCCAACUGUGUGUACUGCCACCUAGUGGACUCUUUUAUCUCAACAGUCAACCUUGCGCAUGCGCGUUUGUCCACGCACAGUCCGGGCAGACAGAAAAAUCUGGCCGCACGCGGGCACUGUGUGCGGACUUCCGCAGACACUCCUGAUGACAAAAAUUACAGCACGCGGACUGUGCGCAGACCGUCGCGGACAGCCGAUACAGAAAAUCGUUGUAUAGCAGCCAAGCAUCUGGAAGUGUUGCUGUUCCUGGCUGGGUUCUUUGGAGCUCUAAGUUCAAUGUUCUUGCUGGGAUCUCUUGGGUCUGAUUACUGGCUUUUGGCAUCUGAAUCUUGUGAACAAGGUGAUGCUGCUGUUUUCAGACAAUGGAGAGUCAAAGAGUGGUAUACUGCAAAGGGCUUUUGGUGUGUUAUUUUCAUGCUGGGAGUCAUCUCUGUGUUGAUUAGUGGGUUUGUCACAAUCUGUGCGAUCUCAGGGAUGAGCCAGCACCUUUAUGAGGCUGGUGGGGCUCUCUUUAUAACUGGAGGUAUCUUAAUCUUGUCUGUAGUGUUGGUGUUUGCUGUGUGGGUGCAGGUCUCAGACUCUUUAGAGCGAUUCGGCCUCCAGCGAAGACACUGAGUGUGUCCCAGUCUGCAACUCAGCAUGCAUUACAGUCCGUCCUUUAUGAUGGCUCCCACUGCUGCCUUCUUCUGA